UCAAAUAGGUCGGAUGUUUGUUUUGUUUUUUUGUGUGUGUUUUUAUUAUUACGUCAGAGCUACGUUCGUUUCGUGCCGCUUGCGUGAUUUUUUUUUUUUUUUUUUUAAAGGCCACUUCCGCAUAAUUAAGCAGAAGCCCCGCCUACCUUUUCUCCAGCCUCGGCGUUGUUUGGGGACAAGCAGACAGACAGGCAGUCAGGCAGGCAGUCAGUCAGUCAGUCGGUGUGAAGAUGGCGGCGGCUCCGCUGUACUGCGUCUGCCGGCAGCCUUACGACGUGAGCCGGUUUAUGAUAGAGUGCGAUAUUUGUAAGGACUGGUUUCACGGCAGCUGUGUUAAAGUCGAAGAACACCAUGCAGUGGACAUUGACGUUUAUCACUGCCCCAACUGUGAAGUUCCACACGGACCCUCCUUGAUGAAGAAGCGAAAGAACUGGCACAGGCACGACUACACAGAGCCGGACGAUGGCAGCAAGCCCGUGCAGGCCGGGACCCUGGUGUUUGUGCGCCAGCUGCAGGCCAGGACCUUUGCCAGUGCCGACGAGGUCCUGAUGAAGAUGCAUGGGAGCCAGGUGACGCAGCGCUAUCUGGAGAGGCACGGCUUCCGUUACCCCAUCGCCGUGACUCAGAAAGAAGGGCUUGGACUUCAGCUUCCUUCUUCAGACUUUUCUGUCAAAGACGUGGAACGAUAUGUUGGUGGUGACAAAGUGAUCGACGUAAUUGACGUAGCGAGGCAAGCAGACAGUAAGAUGAAACUGAGAGAGUUCGUCAAGUAUUACUACAGCCGUCAACGGCCAAAGGUGCUCAACGUCAUCAGCCUCGAGUUUUCCGACACCAAGAUGUCUGAGCUAGUGGAAGUCCCUGACAUUGCACAGAAGAUGUCCUGGGUAGAGAACUACUGGCCUGAUGACUCCUACUUCCCCAAACCCUUUGUACAGAAAUACUGCCUGAUGGGAGUGAAGGGCAGCUACACAGACUUCCACAUAGACUUCGGAGGCACGUCAGUGUGGUACCACGUGCUCUGGGGCGAGAAGAUAUUUUAUUUGAUCAAGCCUACCCCAACCAACCUCGCGCUGUACGAGGAGUGGAGCUCAUCACCGAACCAGAGCGAGGAGUUCUUCGGUGAGAAAGUGGAGAAGUGCUACAAGUGCGUCGUCAGGCCUGGAACCACCCUGUUCAUCCCGACAGGAUGGAUCCAUGGAGUUCUGACCUCAGAGGAUUGCAUGGCAUUCGGAGGGAACUUUCUCCAUAACCUUAACAUCGGCAUGCAGCUCAGGUGUUAUGAGAUGGAGUGGCGGCUAAAGACUCCCGAACUCUUUAAGUUUCCUUAUUUUGAAGCUAUAUGCUGGUAUGUGGCCAAGAACCUGCUGGAGACCCUCAAAGAACUGCGAGAAGAUAACUGCCUGCCUCCUGAUUACUUGACUAAAGGAGUGAAAGCUUUAAUUACUGCACUGAAGAACUGGCUAAGGAGAGAGGUCACCGAGUCCGCCAGCGAAGUCCCCGAUCAUAUCAGACCCAACCAUCUCAUUAAGGAGCUCACCAAGGAAAUCCGCUACUUAGAGGAGGAUCAGAGUGCAAAUGCUGGGAGCAAGCCUGUGAAAUCUCAUGGAAGCUUAGCGUGUCCUUCCACAAGAUCGUCUCACGAGAGAAGCUCCCAGAUGCGCAAGAACGGCAGACAGCUUCGGCAUCACCACCACCACCACCACCACCAUCACCACCAUCAUCAUCAUCAUCAUUCGCAUGCGCCCAAAGCUCCUUCCAACCUGGACAUCUUUGAGCAGCAUACUCAGGAGGUUCUGAAGAGACUGGAGAUGAGCCCUUUUGAGGAUGAUUCUUCCUUCAGCCUGAAGGUCAAGUUCAACAAGGUGUCCACGGCCUCCGCCGCAGCUGCUGAGAGUAAGCUGGACAACCACCUGCGUCUUGUGAUGUGCAACGGACGCAUUAUCAGAGACGACAGGUGGCGCGUCCGGAAAAAGAACACGGCUGCCAAUGAGGAAACGGGCGCUCAGAAGAGGUUUACGGUGAAGGUGAAGGCAGUGGUGAAAGAGGAGGAUGAGGAGCAGGAGAUGGAGGAGAUGGAGGAGAUGGAGGAGAAGCAGAGCUGCACAGCAGGUCAUGAGAAGCCCAGUCCUCUUAGAGAGCUGUGUAAGUGGGAGAGCUCAGAUCUCAGGAACGGUGAAUCAGGAUGUGCCGAGGCUUCGUCAGACUCCGAGUCAGAGCGACGUUACACUACGCAGCAAAAGCAGCAAUCAUCAGGAGAAAACUCUGAGAGCUCGUCAAACGAAGAGGAAGAAGAAGAGGAGGAGGAGGAGGAGGAAGUGGUAAGAAAGAAGAUUGUCACACCGCAGAGUACAACAAGCAAGUGCAACUCCAGCAGCGCUACAGAUUCCACCCACGCCACCCAGCAACUCGGACACCACAACAAACCUUAUAAAAGAGACCCUUCUACCUCACCGAGUGCAGAGGAGGACGCUAUUCAGGGCAUGCUGUCUAUGGCAGGGCUGCUGUACCCUCACCCGUCAGAGGAGGGCGCCAGCUCCCAGGAGUCCUGGUGGUCCUGCACCAGCCAUCCUUCCCCUGAUUACAAUGGGAAGGAAGCAGGAGAGGAAAACCCUGAUUCAGACAGCAACUCCACAAUCAGCAGUCAGGACGAGCGGCAGAUGCUAAAGCGCCACAGCAGGGAGAAGCGGACUGACCGGAGCCAGAGGUUACAGGACAAACAGAGCUUCAUGGACAGUCAGGGCAGUGGAAACAGCAGCAGCAGCAGCAGCAGCAGCAGCAGCAGCAGCGAGGCCUGGGGCAGUCACACACACUCACCUAGGGGUGAAGAAAGCCCAGAGUCACGCUAUCAGUACUGCGAGACGUCACUCUCCCCACUUCUGCACCCAAUGAAAAGACCUGCUACAAACCCCCCACCCAUCAGUAACCAGGCCACCAAAGGGAAACGACCCAAGAAAGGUAUGGCCACGGCAAAACAAAGACUGGGAAAAAUUCUCAAGCUCAACAGACACAAACCGUUUUUCGUGUAGCACCGACAGGAGGGGAGAGAGAGAGAGAGAAAGAGAAAGAGACCAAUGUUUUAAUGUCACAGACCCUUGUGUUGUCUGUGAGGGUGUACAGGGUAUUUAAAGAGCACAGUUUCUAAACACUGAAUGUGUCAGAAGCAUGAAGACGGCUGAUGGGCAGAUGGAGUUUGUUCCAGCUUCACUUUUAGCAUAAACGUAUCAUGUAAAGCAUUCCAGAUUUGGUGUUCCGAAGACACAGACUGGAACCGAAGAGGAGGUUGUGCUGACGAUGAGAGCAGUCCUGUAUUAGGCUUCCAUUCUGACUUCCAUUCCUGCUUUCAGCGAGUGACUUCUCGGACGUUCCCGGCUAUGGCGUCUGAGCGAUGAACUUUUUUUUUUUUUUUAAAUGGUGCUUGACUUGUGUCCUACGAGGCCAGUCUCAUGAGGGUGGAGGCUCGGGGGUGAAGCCACCCUCGACUUCCUCUUUCCUCCGUCUCCUCAGCUUAAAAAAUUAACUUUCUGGCAGAUCAAGCCCUUCCCUGCUCAGACUACCUGACCCCUUCGCCUACUCUCCAAGCAGGGAUAAGGCUACAUCUGCUACUUCAGGCAGCAGAUGAGGUUCUCACGCUUUGGGAGUUUUUUGUGUGUUUUUUGUUUUGCUUUUUUUAAAGAAAGCUAUUUUCUUAAAAUUUUUACACCCACAGACUGGUUUACCCGCCAUAAUUUUACAUUGGUGUCAGUAGUCAGGAAUAUGCUCUCUGGCACCCCCUCGUGGUGAACAGAGAUAAAAACACAGGUUUAGGACAGGUGAUAAUGGGAGGAUGGGGGACAUUUUCCACCUAAUUUAUUACAAUUUGUACAUUUCUGGUGCUUGUUUGUUUGUUUUUAUUCGACUUGUUCCUAUUGCUUGUUAAAUGGUGUAUUUAUUAUUGCUGAGCGUGAAUGAUGAUUCUAUUUCAAUGUGAUUGUUGACUUCUUGACCGUGAACAUACAGUUUACUAUAAGAGGAGCGUCGACGCAUUGCAGCAACAUGGUUAGCGUUUCAUAAACUACAGCUUCCUCACAUUUCUUUCAGAUCGUACACUCGACAGAUGCCUGCGUUUAGAACGGAAAAUAGGCUAGCGAUCCUUAAGUAAGCUGCUAGACUCGGCAUUAGACAGAAAAUUCAGUCCUUACUCAUGUUUUAUAAAUAAAACAUCUGUAGAUCUGAAAUUACAGGCGAUAGUGGUCCAGUAGGAGUGCUCGGUAUCGGAUUGGUAGCGUUCUAGUUCAGUAUGCAUCACAGCAUGUGCAGGGGUGCCAGUAAUGCAGGGUUUAGCUGUUACACCGUAAUGAAGGGGAUUCACUGAAGGGGAAUGGGCAUGAAUAGUUUGGCCAUGGAUAUUUUUGCUUUGCUAGGUUUUUAUUCUAGACGACCUCUGUAUGGUCACCGUUCAGUAUUUUAUUUCAGUACGUAAGACCUUCAGAAUUCAUUGUGAUGGUGUAAAGCAGUGGUAAGGUUAUGACCCCAAGGCUGAUUAUUUUCCUAGAACAUCAUGUCCUAAAAUUAGAAUGGGGUUAUGAUGGCCCAUCGUUUAAAUAACAGUAGUUUUUGCAAAUAAUGACGCAAAAUUUCAUGGAAAUACGAAAAGUCUCAAUAUUUUGAGAAUAAAGUCAUAAUGAUGUAUAUAGCGUAUUCAUGUUUUAAAAUGAGGAACGUUGAGGAUUUGAUGUUAUAGUUUCUUUUGUUAAAUGAGAAUUCACAGACCGCGGUCAUCCUCGGUUACAUCGUGCCGUUCAAAAGGAUUGUGCAGACGAAUAAUAGUCCAAAUUAUCCAUCCAUAACCAUCGAUAGCCUUGAUGGCAACCACGGCCUCCGAUUUCCUCUUCAACAAGAGAGACAAUCUUCUCCAAGUUCAUGUGAAACUUUGUUCUAAAUAAACAGAAUGUCCUGCAGAGUUUAACUUUCUAAUAAUAAUAAUAAUCUUCUGAUGCAACUGAAGAUUAAGAAUUUAUUGUCUGUGAAGCACACUUCUUUGUUUUCGUUGUCCUGAGAUGCACCAUUCUCUUAUAGUAUUGUGACUAUAUUCUCUAAUUAUUAGGAAUUUAUUCUCGAAAUAUUCCAAAUAUUACAACUUUUAAUCUCGAAAUACUAUGACAUUAUUCUCAAAUAUUAUGAACUUUUUUUUAAUAUUUUUUAAUAAAUGUUAGAACGUUAUUCUCAAAAUAUUAUGACUUUUGUCUCGAAAUCUUAUGAAUAUUACGACUUUAUUCUCAAAUAAUGUGACUUUUUUUGUAUUGGGACUUUAUUCUUGAAACAUUACGAAUAUUACGACUUUUAUCUCAAAAUAGCAUGCCCCUCAUAAUAUUACGAUUUGAUUCUCAUAAUCUUGUAUUUUUAUUUUUUAAACAGUGGCCCUAAAUCUCCAUCGUACAAAUUUCCUCUUAUACCACAGCAACUUGCCAAGAUGACAUUUUUAUACUUCGUAUAGUGUAGCAUACAAUAUAUACAUCUUAUUGAAAGGAAUAUAUGAUGUACUUGAUGCUCAGCUCUACAAAUGUUGCCAAAUAAGCAAAUAUCUUAGCUGGAGUAUAUUAAGAUGUACAAUACGAGAUAGACAAAAAAUUAUAAAAUGCCAACAUUUCUGUAAUUAUGUAUCGCUUCAAUCCACUUCAGACGUUUUCUCAUUUCCGUUGUUGGCACGGAGACGAGUUGUUGACUUGUUCACCGAUACACACUGAGGUUUGGUUUGGUUAAAUUUGUUUCGUUGCGUGUUUGGAUGUGCUUGUCAGAAGUAUUGGCACCUCUGCAUAUGUUCUCUGUGUUUAUAAUGAGAGCUGCAUAGUGCUUUUUUAUUUUAUUUUAUUUUUAAAAAAUUAUAUAUAGAUCCAGUUAGGAAAGCUCGAUACUCAAUCUCAUCCUGGGGACGACUUCUCUUAACAUCACGUUGAUGUUGCUGCCAAAUUAACAACGUUCCCUAUUUUAAUGUUUGCAUUCCUGUUCUUCUCUCCCCUCUACAACAGUAUAAGCUUUGCUGGCUCAUCAAGCUCGAGUGAAUGGAGAGAGACACACUGUCUGAAUUGGUGCUGAGUAUUGUUUAAAAAAACAAUUAAGACUAACUUUUGUUUCAUUGAUGAUUGGUAUAAUAAUGCAGGGAGGGAAGCGGGGAUUUCGAUUUUUUUUGUCAUAGAAUUGGAUUUGGCUACUCAUUUUUACAAAGAAUUACAAGAGUAUUUAUUUUUCUAAGACAUGUCUUCAUUUGUGUGAGGAGGAAAAAAAGGUUUUGCAACCGCAACCAACAACGUGUGGAUUUUGUUUGUAUUAUUAUUAUUAUUAUUAUUAUUAUUAUUAUUAUUAUAGCUUCACCUUAUUGUGUGUAUACGUGUGUGUGUUUUGUCAGUUUGCCCUGUUUCCGUGUAGUCUGAACAACCUCGGGUAAUUGUCAGGCUCAAGCUCAAGGCCCUGUUUUUGAAUGCCAAAUAAGGACAAUAAGUCCAUUUUCAUCGUCCCUCGUCAUGCUAUACUCUGCCCUGACAACGUCACUGGAGUGUGCAGAGACACGAGGCAGUAUGUGUUCUGUCUGCGUUCAACGGAAACAGUCCUCCCAUUCAACCGUCUUCAUUUGAUCAGUAUUUAUCAGGAAGAUUUUCUUAAACUUUUUCAGGCAAUAAGACUCCCAAAAGCUUCCAGGUAUUUCACGUUUUCCAGUUUUCUCAAAACAAACUGAACUUCAUAAACACUCAGGGCUCAUGUGACUGUUUUUACCACACAGCUUUUGUUCUUUGUUAUUUGGAUGGACUUGCACACACAGGUUUUGACCAACCCAACCCAAGCUUUCAGAGGUGUUGGAUCUACAAGUCAAAGCAAGAUCUCAAACCCCUGUUCACAAGUCGAUGGAAAAAAACAAACAAAAAAAAACAAUGCCAUGAUUCAUCCAGGAUGGAGUCUCUCCGGACGUCACCGGCUGAUUGAGGCUUUAAUACAUGAUUAUGCUUAUCAACAAACAAACCUUUAUUUAUUAUGGUGCUAAUGUAUCCAAACAGUACUCCAGCCAAAGUGUGUGUUCCUGUACUGUUGGAACGAUGGUGUGCAUGAAUUUGAGUUGUGUGUCCCCCCACAACGAGAUACUGCAUUAAUGAAGCCCCCUCACAGCUGUCCCACACUACAAGGUUCCACUUCCUGUCCUGUCAGUAACGUUACGGGGCCGCAGGUGGGAUUCAUCAUCACACAGUACUUUUGCUUGUACAGUAUUUAUUUGGCAUUCUCCUGUUUAUUUUUUUAAUAUCUACUCAGUUUUACACAGAACGAAAGUCGUGUUGGUUCCUAGUUUGGACUUCUUCACUAGUUUUGAUUCCUAAAUGUUUUUUUUUGUUUGUUUUUGUUUUCUUCCUUAUUUAAUUUUACUUCAAAUGUUUGUCACACUGUAAGAAGUUGCAAUGGAGUUUUCGAUAAGACAUUUUUCAGUUGUACAAUGUGGCCUGUACAUAUUAAAAGAUUUAUGAGUGAA